GUUCCAGAAGAAUUGAUGCUCGACUAUACUGAAAUCACAUCAAUACCUCCAUUACCGCUUUGGGUCCUACUAAACGCGGAUAACGAAUUUCCAGGUCAGGGAAUGAACGCUUUGGAAAAUGGUAAAGACUAUAAUGAACUUUUUGAAAUGAACAACUCGGAGGACAAUUUAGAUGAUCUUCUUGAUAAUGAAGGGGAACAUUGUAAAUUCGAAAGAAAGUUAUCUAUGCCCGAAAAAUUAAGUAUAUCACAUUUCGGUUCGCGUCAAGGACAGUUGUUAUCGCGCCUGCUUACUCAUACGCAUUUACCAGGACUAUCUUCUCUUGACCAGAUGCAUUUAUUAGCUCUAGCUGAUACCGUUGCAAAUUUCAACAGCGACUUCAGCGAAACAUUUUCUUCCGAUCAUGGUAAAAAUGUGUGUAAAAUAUCAGAAUCUUUAGAUGAUUGUGGCCUUCGGUUUCUACUCGCUAUGAAACAUUUUACGUAUCUUCUACGCUGUUUACCACUAAACCAAAGAGCACUAUUUCAAAAACAAGGAAUUGGAACUUCAAACAUAGUGUGGGCUUUUCAUUCUGAAAGUGAAGAGGAGCUCCUAAAUCUCAUUCCUUCUUAUUCAAAAGGAGAUUUAAGGUGGUCUACACUGAAAGAUCUCGGCGUUGGAUAUUGGUUGAAAAAUGUUAAUACUUUACGUUGUUGCGUUGAGAAACUAGCAAAGAGUGCUUAUCAAAUGAAACAAGAUCCAUUAGAUGCAGCUAUAUUUUAUUUAGCUAUGAAGAAGAAAUCGAUUGUUUGGGGUCUUUUUAGAUCAAAGCGAGACGAAAAAAUGACCGCUUUCUUUUCAAAUAAUUUUUCUGAAGACCGGUGGAGGAAAGCAGCCCUGAAGAACGCUUUUGUUCUUCUAGGAAAACAACGUUUUGAGCACGCAGUUGCAUUUUUCCUACUUGCGAAUUCUUUAAAUGAUGCCAUAGAAGUUUGCAUAAAUAAAUUGGAAGACUUCCAGCUGGCUUUAGUAAUAGCGAGGUUAUUCGAAGAUGACAUUGAAAUAUCAUGCAACUCAACUUAUCGAAGUUUACUCUCAGAACAUGUUCUUGGAAUUUCCGAUGAUAACAGUGUAUUUGAUAUAAAUAGAGCUCACCCAGAUCCUUUUCUUCGAUCCAUUACUUAUUGGAUUUUAAAGAGAUAUCAAGAUAGUUUGCAUACACUUUUGUUAAACGGAGUUGGUAUGAAUCAUGUCGCAUUUAAAGACGAAGACAUGUUGAAAGCUGAAAAUUCUGCAACAAAUCCUAAUGUUUUUAACUUCUACAUAUUUUUACGUACACAUCCAUUGUUAGUUCGGCAAAGCUUAGCACUGUCUGCACAAGAGAAGAAAUGUGCAAAUGUAGUAUUAUCAGGAUUUAGUUAUUCUGGAGAUAAUCAAAAAUCAAAAUCAAAUGAUAAACAACUUCAACUAGAAGAUUCAAUAACACCUAUUGAGAGACAACUUUAUUUUACAACAGCCCAUGCACACUUUAAGGCUGGUUGCCCGGCAUUAGCUUUAGAAGUGCUAAAUAAAUUGCCAAUGAAAAUUAUGGAUUCAAAUAAUAUUAUCGAAGAGACUAAUACUAAAAUUUACAAGGAAGACCAAAUAACUUCUGGUAUAAUUGAUUGGAGUGAACCAGUGGUUGAUUCUGGCAUAAAAUGUGAUAUGGAUUGGAGCACUCCAGUUUCGGUUUUACAAAAAGAAGACGCAUUUGAGAUAAAGUGGGACGAUGAUGAUGCCGACGCCCCCGAAGAUACGGAAGUUGAUGAGCCUUUUGAAAAUAAAACCCCUACAAUAACAAAAGCUCCACAAAAAACCCAGUUAGAGACAUCAAAGGAUGUGAAAAUAGAUAUUAUGGCACAGCAACUUAAAUUUGUAGCAUGCUUAAAAAUAUUAAUGGAAGAACUUUCGACAUUAGCAACUGGAUUUGAAGUUGAUGGUGGUCAAUUGCGCUAUCAGCUUUACAUCUGGUUGGAGAAAGAAGUUGAGGCAUUAAAACAACUUUGCAAUUACUGUAAUUAUGAUCCUCUAGACUUGGAGUCUACUAAGCAAAUUUCCGAUGUAAUAUUGAAUGAAAGAGAUCCAAACUCUACUACUUUUGUGUUAUCAGACAAGCCAACACUUCAUGAAAUUUUGAUGCAAGAAAAAUAUGAUUUUGAGGCAAAAGUUUUUAGAGCUGCCAAACGAAAGCGAUGGCUUAAAGGUAACGAAACACUUUUACGAACGUUGCUGAGUUAUUGUUCACUUCACGGAGCUAGUGGUGGUGGUCUUGCAUCUGUCAGAAUGGAAUUAGUACUUCUUUUACAAGAACUACAACAAGAGAAAACGCAGCAACAACUAUUAAGUCCUCUUCCAUUUCCAACAACUUUGCCAUUAUUAAGUGCAUGUGUUGCGGGUAAUAAAACUGUCAGCGCUGAUCCUAUUAAAUAUUUGCAGUCGCAAACGGUGGAUAUGCUUCAGACUAUCAUUAAAAUUUCACCGUUACCUGGAGUUACAGCGAACUCUUUCUGUGAAAUCUUCAUUCUCAGAGAUUUAUCAAUUGCACUGUCUUCUUGUAUUUAUCAAUCUUUAUGUGACUCGGAAAGUUUUGUUGUUCAUCGUAACUCAACAUUAAAUGGAUUUCAAAGCCCUGGUAUUGAAAACAUUGCCAAAUUGAAUUCACUUUUCGAAUGUUCACAUUUAAUUGGCAAUAGCAAUGCAUAUAAUAAGAGAAGAAAGUACUCCUGCGAUGAAUCCACAAAUGUUUGUACUUCUCCGGCGAAGUGGCCAGGCGUUACAAAUUUAAGAGCAUUGUUAGCACGAGAGAAAGAUGAAGACAUUCCAAAAUUAAACGUUUUACUGCUUGAGUCAUUUAUUGCUACCUUUAUGUCGCUCUUAAUAUACUCCAUGGCCACUUGUGACUGUCGGUUGCUAUAUAGACUUGUUGGCCAAAAAUUUUCGACAGAAACUUGGUCGACCAUAUUCGGAGGCGGAAUGAAGAAGUUAUUGAGAAAAGCAACUUUACGUAACGAGACUACGACUUUAAAUCAAUCGCAAUCUAACGGUUCUGAGGAUAGAACCGAUGAAAGUGGUGUUUGGAACACAGUCACUUCCAUCACCAAACAACGUGUUAAACUCAACAUGAAACUACUUGGUACAUUCAACCACAGUAGUACUUCAACAAAUAUGAAAGAAGAUAAGCCAACUUAUCGCGAACAAUUUGUCCCUCCAGAAAUGUCUAUGUUGUCAUAUUUUCUUUUGAAAGCUGUCAAUAUUAAUGAUGAAGACGACUACGAUACUGAUGAUCCUAUUGAAAGUGAUAAUGAAGAUGAAGAUGAUGAUGAUCCUACGGAAAUGAAUAACUCUAAAAUGAAUUAUCGGCAACCAAAGUGCAAUACCGAACAUCUAAAUCCUUCAUCAUAUUCUUGGAGUAUUUUACGAUUAGCGGUUCUUCAGCUGGUUUCUUCUAAAAUUCAAGAAUUUGUAAAUGUAGCGGGUAUAGAAAUCCAAGAUUUACCAGUUUUGAGUCCUCUAUCACAUGAACUUUUGCGAACUCUUAGACGAUGGCAAGAUUUUGCGAUAAAUCUAUUGAUAACCAAAGGACCGCCACCUGAAGACUUUAUACCAGGUUGUUUUGUUGAAAGCAGCGGACAAGGGCCAGCUAUACACAGAUAUCGUUCCCUCUUGAACAAAGAUAAUACGCCGUUCCUCGUUAAUUCAUCUACUGGGCCUAUUCGAAGAUUGUGGAAUUACUUAGUAAGGCAGGAACAAGCACAGGAAGUUUUUAUAAAAGCAGUAUUUGGAAAGAAACUAGAUUAUCGAACGAUGACUCGAGAUAAUGUCGAUUUUAAAUUAGAAUCAGGAUUAGUGAAUGAAAGUGACGACUCCGAGCAUAUUAGAAUAAUCCAUAAGGACCAUGAAGCUUUAUUAUCAUUUUGUUUAAACAACAAUUCUUCUGGGAUGAUUUCCUUAGCAAGCCCCAGGGAAAUUCAAGAAUUAGACAUUACGAUGUUAUUAGAAUCUCCAAAUUGGUACGAAGACGAAUGUGAUUAUGACGUGUUAUCUAAGGAGGCAGAACCGUUGUCAACUACUGGAUUUUUGGUUAUUCAAACUCAGGAACAGAACCAACAUAAUUCUGCAAUAAACUCCGAAUCAUCGGUUAAUUUCCCGUCCGCUUCACAAUCAGGCCGAGGUACCUCAUUGAUAUUGCGUCAUAAAAUUGAAAAUGUAAAACGCAUGAGUUCCCAUCCAUUACUUCCUCUGUAUCUUACCGGAGGUCAAGAUGGUUCAGUUCAAAUAUGGGAAUGGGGUCAUCAACAACCAGUUUGUACACCGCGACAAUCAGGUACUUUUGCAAAAGUGACUCGUUGUAGAUUUUCUGAGCAAGGAAAUAAAUUUGCAAUUGGAGAUGGAGAUGGAAAUUUGAGUUUAUGGCAAGCUGGUACUGCAACGCAAAACAAUCGACCAUUUUUCACGCACCAGUGUCACAAUAAAUUACUUUCGGACUUCGUGUUUCUUGGAUCAUGCAGUUUACUGGCAACAGCCGGUCAAAGCUCUGAAAAUAAAAAUAUAAAUAUUUGGGAUACAUUAUUGCCUCACAAAAAAUCGUGCGUUUCUGCCUUUACAUGUCACGAUCAAGGAUCGUCAUGCAUGUGUUUUGCUCCGCAACAUCAAUUGUUGAUUUCCUGUGGAAAAAAAGGUGAUGUUUGCGUCUUUGAUAUAAGGCAGAGGACUCUUAAACACCGAUUUCAGGCGCAUGAUGCUACUAUAAAGUGUAUUGCUCUUGAUCCGCACGAAGAAUUUUUCGCUACAGGAUCUGCUGAAGGUGAUAUUAAGAUAUGGAGCUUAAAUCAGUAUUCGUUAAUUAACGCAUACCCGGCUGAACAUGCCAAAAACAGUUUCUUUAAACAUAUUGGCCAAGGUGUCAGCCAAGUGCUUAUAGACAAUUAUGGGCGUCUAUUCUCUUGUGGCUCCGAUGGGUGCAUGAAAGUCCGGCAGCUAGUGGAAAAGGAAUCAGUUAUUCAGACUAUGUACUAAAGUAUUUAAACGUAUGUCACUAUUACGGUUUACAACUCAACUGCAUUUUAGUUAGAGUUUUUAAAUUCGAUAUCAUUAAUAACAACUCCAAGUUCAACUUUUUUGUGGCUUACCGUCGAUAUUAUCAAAAAUGGGAAACUGCUACAGUUUUUCAGUUAGAACAUUAGUGCAGUUUGUUUUGGAAAAAUAUCAACAGGAAUUUUGAAAAUUUAUUUUGUACAAGUACAUAGAAAUAAAUUGGAAAACUUGUUGAACCGUUUCUCCUUCACGUUUUUGGAAGUGUUCCUUCAUCUCAUUUAAUAAAAAAACAAUAUGCUCCUUAUUCCUUUCAAAUUUCCUUACUUGGUACUUAAAUGUUCUAAUGGAUUUCAGUAAACACGAAGUCUUUACUUUUUGACAAAUUUUCACUAUUUUGGAUUGGCAACAUCAAUAAAACUACAAAUUAAGUUAGUUGUCAAUAAAUAUACUAAACGAUACGUUUAUAUUAUGCAGUUAAAAUGUUCUUCAAUUUUCUUCUUCUAACUUCAAUUUAUCUGAGUGGAGUUGUAAACAGUAAUGGGAUUAGUAACUAUUUAGAACAACUUCUUGUUGGAUAUAAAAAACCAAGUAUUCAUUAUAUGUAUAUUUAUGUUAUAUUUAUGUAUUUUCAAAAAUAAAGUAAAUGUUAUCAAUUCCAA